UUAGGGAAGCAACUGUUGUGAAGAGCGUCCCACGAUCAGGCUUCACCGCGGAAUAAGCGAAUACCAGCGUUCGAUAUUUUAUUUGGAUGUGUUUUUUUUGCCUGAUUUGCAGACCAUCAUCAAUACACUUUGCAUCACCGUCCAGAAAGAAACCAGCCCGAUGAUGUACGAUCAGCAAAUCGAUGAAAGGGGCUAUUUGUUGUACCGGAAUCGCUACAAUGGCAAAACGGAACAGGACAACCCGAACCUGCUGUUUAUCCUGCUGACAAUCAACGAAAAGUAUGCUGGUUCCCGCUACAGCACGUAUCGUUGUGCUGGUAAACUGCACGCACUCCAGAAAGCACUGUACAUAUCAUACAUUCCGUUCGAAAUGGUCCAUUCGAUUCUGAACCGCCAUCAACUGAACCUGAUCGACAGUGCACCGUCCAUCAAACCAAGCCAGCUUAUUAGUGUCGUGCACGAUAUUUACUUCGCCGCCACACGCAUGGGAUACUUUGAUGAGCUAACGGCACCGCCAAACCUGGACGCAGUUAGUGCGAUAUUGGCCAGCUUUUUUUGGGCCGUAUUUGAUCCGAAGCGUAGCAAUCUGGUGUCGGUGCUGGAGCUGCGACAGACCUUUCUGCUGCUGUGUGAUCAUACGAGCCACGCGCAGCUGGUGUGGGAACAUUUUCGGCUCACCAGCGAUCACAAUCUGUGCGUGUCGCGGCACCGGUUUGAAGCGAUGCUGACCGUACUGUCGAAGGUGCUAACGUUUCUCGGUGAACCGGACCACCUGAGACCGUCGAUGGUGCAACAAAUCACCGGCGAAUGUUUCGCCAACUAUCCGGGACUGGUCGGGCUAACCGAGUAUCAGUUUUCCUGCCUUUGGAAGCUUUCUUCACUCUUUUCCUACUACGCGAACGUGGUUUCGCUUUGCAAACGGCUCCGUGACACCGAACAUACCACCCACGGUAUGCUGUGUUACGGAUGCCGGAUUACGAUCCGCGGGCUACGCUUCAAAUGCCAGCGCUGCCGUCAAGUGUCGCUCUGUAUCGAAUGUUUCACGUCCGGUUAUAGUAACAAGCGCCACAAUAUGGCACACAAGAUGUACGAAAUAAGCAGCAGCGAUACGGACGAUGGUUCACGGUGUAAUGCAUGGGCUGGCAAAUUGUGGCGAUGGUUAAAGACGACCAACAAUCCUACCGGUGGCACUGGUGGUGGUAUACCUACCUCGCCAUCCACUUAUGAAAAUUUAGAAGCAAAACUGCUCGAUACGAAAGCGGUCGAUUUAAUGCAGGGUGAGGAAGUGUGUGUGGUACAGGAGCACGAGGGGGACGGCGAUCGUAAGAACACCCAGCGCAGAGAAUCGAUGGUUAACAGUACGCUGAAGCGCAAUAUGAGCCUGUUCAGCAGCGUCGAGUACGGUGUGUUUAACAAUACGCAGCAAAAGAAUUUGCUCGCUAAGCUGGCGGUGCUGGUAGAAACGCUAGAGGAACAACACGAAGCUACCCGCAAGCGCAAGGUGGAAUGUUGGCAGGGAUUAACGGACGAACAGCGCCAAAUGACCGAUGGCAUGCAUACCCUGUUCGAGAACUUCGUGGCACAAGUGGCGGAAGGAUUGACACAGCUAAAGGAUAUUGGAACGCAACUCGGACAGGGAUUACCACAGUGUUCCAGCACACCAUACCGCCAGGCAGCCAUUACAUCCGAUUGCACUGCCGAUGCUACACAAGAAAAAUCUGUGGGACGUUCGCGGAUAAUGGAAAAGACGGAAUUGUCCGUGCGUGACAUAAGCACCUGGUUUCACAUUGAGCUGGACCGUGGACAGCAGACGGGCGAAACAGAGGGAAAGGACUCAACGCUUCCGCCUGUGAUCACGGAGGAAAGGACACUGAAAAGGGACGAACUCUCCUGUCGCAUCGAUCGUUUGAAGAUGGACACCCAGAUGGUAAACUUUCGCGAUCUGCUGUUGAAAGUGCGUGAAAUUGUCGAUGAUUCGUACAGCGAUAAUACCGAGCUGGCACGUUCCACGCAACAGAUCGAGAAAGCGCUGGAUCGUAUCAUCGCCGAAGAGGAACAGAAGCGGUCUCAGCAGCAAUUACUUUAGGAGUGUCUGAAACAGACGUAAUAAUUACAUCACUCAUUUAUAUAGAUAUAUA